CUGUCAAACACGUCAGAAUAGAACCAGAAGAAGAGCGCGCGCGUGACGUCAUCGCGUCGUUUGUCAAACGCUUCUGGGAGGCCUUCAGAAACACGGCGGUCGGGAACAGACACACUUUCACGUCUUAUGGUGGUGACCUCUGAUCACUAAAGCAGCAGAAACAUGAACGUGUUUGAUCGCAACAUAAACUUCGACGCUCUCUUCAAGUUCUCUCAGAUCUCUCGCUCGACUCAGCAGCACCUGAAGAACGUCUAUGCCAGCCUGGCCGUGUGUAUGCUGGUGGCCGCCACCGGCUCCUACAUCUACAUCGUCACCAGACUCUUUCAGGGAGGGCUGACCAUGCUGGGAUCGCUGGCUAUGAUGGGCUGGCUUGCUAUGACCCCCCACAGCCCUCAGACAGAGAAGAAGAGGCUGGCCAUCCUCGCUGGCUUUGCUUUCUUCACAGGUCUGGGACUCGGCCCGCUCAUGGAUUACGUCAUUAGCGUCAACCCGAGCAUCAUCCUGACUGCUUUCCUGGGCACCUCGCUCAUCUUCACCUGCUUCACCUUGAGCGCUCUCUAUGCCCAGCGCAGAAGUUAUCUCUUCCUGGGAGGCACUCUGAUGUCAGGGCUGACCGUUCUUCUGCUCGUCUCCGUCCUCAACAUGUUCUUCGCCUCGGCGAUAGUCUUCAAGGCUCACGUGUAUCUGGGUCUGGUCAUCAUGUGUGGCUUUGUGCUGUUUGACACGCAGCUGAUUAUUGAGAAGGCGGAAAUGGGAGACAAAGAUUACAUCUGGCAUUGUGUUGACCUCUUCCUGGACUUCGUGACCAUCUUCAGAAAGCUUGUGAUCAUCCUCUCCAUGAACGAGAAGGACAAGAAGAAGGAGAAGAAGUAAUGUUCCUCAGAGUGAGAACAUCUGUGAUCUGAACACACGUCAGCAGCUUCGUUAUGAAUCUGAUUACAUAGUUUGAUUAUAUUUUAUGUGAUUUUGAUAUGGUGUCUUAAUUUUAUUUUUGAGAAUCGUUACUGGGCUUCGGACUCGUUGUCAGCUAAUAUUGUUUGACUGUAGAUUUGGAAAUCUUAUUUAAAAGGUUAAGAUGAUCUUUAAUUUCUUUGACUUCUAUCCUCUGAGGCAGUAAUUCGAGGUCUGUAGAAAAUGAAUCUCAUCAAAAUACUAAUUUAAUAUUGUAUAUACAAUAAACCUUUGAGUGUAAUGGAGUUGUUUCUAGAUGAUAGAAGACUUUCUUAGCCCAUGCUCUCAACAAUACCACGUAUCAUCAAAACUUAUCAUAACGUACUUGUGCUUCAUUAAAUUGCUUUUUUGGUGGUUAUUGAAUUAAUUUACAUUUUUUUUCUUUGUUGCCAAUGUAACAAUUAGUUUUUGUAGCUGCUAGUGCCAAUUCUCUCAUUUAGUCAAGUCUAACAUUAAUGCAUUUAUCAGUGAAAUCACAGAUGAUGUUUUUAUUUUGUUCAUGAAUAUUGUGCAUCUUCUGUCAAUAAACGGUGCCACAGAUUG